AUGGAGAGGCACAUUAUCUUAUUGAUUCUUCUAUUUCUUGUUCAAUAUUGUACUGUUUCUAUAUCAGCGGCACCCUCUAAUGAGACCGAUCAAGAAGCUCUACUAGCUUUCCAAAGUCUUAUUACAAGUCCUAAUCAUUUUUUGGCAAAUAAUUGGACCAAGAAUACUUCUUUUUGCUCUUGGUUCGGUGUCACUUGCAGUUCAAAGAGGCCAAGGGUUGUAGCCUUGGCUCUUCCUAAUUUGCAACUUCAAGGCACAAUUUCGCCGUCUUUGGCCAAUUUGUCCUUUCUCAGAGAGCUCAAUCUCGAGAACAUUUUCUUUCAUGGGGAUAUCCCUUAUGGCCUUGGCCACUUGCCUCACCUGAGAGUCAUUGAUGUUCAGAACAAUCAGCUCAAAGGAAAUAUUCCGACAAGUCUAUUUCAACACUGGAGAGUUCAAGUAAUUUCAUUAGCUUUCAAUAAACUCAGUGGUGAAAUGUGGCAAGGGCCAUGGUAUGUACCCGAACUCAGAAUCUUAAAUCUGAGGAACAAUAGCCUCAAGGGUAUAAUCCCUCCAUCUAUUGGAAAUGCCACAAAGUUACUGAACUUUAGUUUGUUUGGGAACAGAGGCAACAUCCCAAAGGAAAUUGGAAAUCUGAGCCAGCUUGCAUUUUUGAACUUGGCCGUUAAUCAGUUAACAGGUUUCAUUCCUUCAUCACUAUUCAAUGUCUCAUCACUACUUGCCAUAGCUCUGGGACUGAAUAACCUCUCUGGUCCUCUCGUUCUUGAUGAAGGAAACAUUGUGUCAAAUCUAGAGUCUUUAAGUAUAUCUAGAAACCAAAUUUCUGGUCACAUUCCUUCCAACAUCUGUCAACUCACAGAGCUCAAAAUAUUAUCCAUAUCUUUUAACGACAUAACUGGAGAAAUACCCAAAAAUAUUGAUUGUUUAUCCAAGCUCAAGGAGUUUUCUAUUGGUUAUAAUCCAACAGAUGGGACUAUUCCCUCUUCACUGGGCAAUAUUUCCACUCUGCAAUAUGUUUACUGUGUAAGCAAUCGCCUGGAGGGGCCAAUUCCUCCAGAAUUGGGGAAGCUAUCAAAUUUGAUACAAUUAGAUUUUGAAGAAAAUUAUAUCAAAGGUCAGAUUCCAAAGGCUAUUUUUAAUAUAUCUUCUUUGAAACUCAUUGCGUUAACUUUGAACAAACUCUCGGGGAGAAUUCCAACCUCUACUGGUCUUCAUCUUCCUAACCUUGAAGAACUUCACUUGACUGGCAAUGCGCUCGAAGGGGAAAUUCCUGCACACAUUACAAAUGUUACCAAGCUUAAAUAUUUGGGGCUAGCGGACAACUUUUUCAGUGGCAGUAUUCCAACUAACUGGGGAAAUCUUCGUGAUCUGAGACUUCUUUUCCUACAUAUUAAUCAACUUACUAGUGAACAUGAGUUGCCGUUCUUCCAUUCUUUGGCAGACUGUAGGAUGUUGGAAUAUCUAGAUGUGGGUAACAAUCCGUUGAAUAGCAUUCUGCCCAAUUCUGUUGGCAAUCUUUCAUCUACCAUUAAAUUCUUUGAAAUAAGCGAUGCUCACAUCAAUGGCCUCAUCCCCCCAGGUAUAGGCAACGUGAGUGGUCUUACUACCUUAGUCUUUCAACGUAACAACUUGAUGGGAAAUAUUCCUCCUGCGAUUGGCCCAAUUCCCUUAUCGUUUGCCAGCUUAAUAAGCUUGGAAAUCUUGGAUUUGUCUGUAAAUGCCUUGUCAGGUACUAUUCCUAGGUCACUGGAAGAACUCUUGUACCUUAAAGCCAUCAAUGUUUCAUUUAACGAUUUAGAAGGUGAAAUACCCAAUGGUGGCGUGUUUGCAAAUUCCACUCUGCAAUCAUUUCUUGGGAACAAAGAUCUAUGUGGAAUGCACAAAUUAGAGGUUCCUUCUUGCCCUAUCACUAAUUCUGGGGAACAAUCAAAGUCUAAGGAGCUUGUGUUAAAAAUUGUUAUUCCCGUGCUUACUUCAUCCUCUCUGAUAUUCUUUUUGGUUUCAAUUUGGAUAAUGAAACAAAAGAAGAAAGGAAAGUCUAAAAAUGUCGAAAAGUUUUGGGAGAUCAAGACUCAUCAAUUGAUUUCUUAUCAUGAGAUUCAACGAGCAACAAAUUAUUUUGAUGGAUCAAAUUUACUUGUUCAUUGCGACCUAAAGCCGGCAAACAUUCUUUUGGAUGAAGAUAUGGUGGCACAUGUUGGUGAUUUUGGAAUCUCUAAGAUUUUAGCCGUAAGCAAGUCCAUGGCACAUACCGAGACACUGGGCACUCUUGGAUACAUGGCACCAGAAUAUGGCUCAGAGGCAAUAGUGUCCACUAGUGGUGAUGUUUAUAGUUGUGGCAUCAUGUUGAUGGAGGUUUUGACCAAAAGAAGGCCAACAGAUGAAGAGAUAUGCAAUGAAAAUCUUGACUUGAGGAAAUGGAUAACACAAUCAUUUCCAGGGUCUAUGAUGGACGUUGUAGAUGACAAUUUUUUUCCGGAGGAAGAACAAAUCACUUCUAAAAGUGAAAUCUGCAUAGACUCAGUGAUACAAUUGGCUUUAGAAUGCACAAAGGAAACACCAGAAUCAAGAAUAAACAUGAAAGAUGUAGUCACGAGCCUUAACAAAAUCAAGAUCACAUAUCUCGGAACCAGAAUUUAG